UAUUGCGCCAAAGAUCACGACUGUGUACGACAACACUACAAAGGAGAAAAUGCUAGGAUUCAGUCACUUUGAUUCAGAAAAUGUUGAUCCUCAAGUCAACAUUCCCAAGAAGAAAAGAGGACGAGUUCCAACGAUUGUGGUGGAAGGAAAUAUUGGAAGUGGAAAAUCAACAUUUCUUCAAUAUUUCAAAAACUUUAGUGAUAAGAUCGAGGUAAUCCAAGAGCCAGUUCACAAAUGGAAAGAUGUGAAUGGAUACAACACUCUAGACAUGAUGUAUAAGGAUGCAUCUCGCUGGAGCUUGGCCUUCCAAUCCUAUGUCCAGUUAACCAUGGCAGAGGGUCACAAACACCGAACAAAACAUACCAGCAUCAAGAUGAUGGAGAGAUCAAUAUUCAGUGCUAGAAACUGUUUUGUUGAAAAUCUUUACCAGAGUAAGCUGAUGCCUGAGAUUGACUAUGCUGUGUUGUCAGAGUUUUAUGAUUUCAUAUUACAACAGGAAAACACCAAGAUUGACAUCAUUGUGUACUUGAGAGCUGACCCCAAAACUUGUCAAGAAAGAAUCCGAAAAAGAGCCAGAAUGGAGGAAAAAGAUGUCCCCAUUGAUUACCUGCAGUCCCUCCAUGUGCUGCAUGAAAACUGGCUGAUUAACCAAACUAAAUUCAAAUUACCAGCCCCUGUUUAUGCCAUGGCUGAUCAAUCACAGCAGGCAGCUGCCCAGCCUCAAAAUCAGCAACCCAGUGCAAACCCUCAGCAGCCAGCACAACAACAACCACAGCAAGGGAACUCGCAACCACAAGCAAGCACACAGCAACAGCAAACUGUAGCACCAAUUCAGCAACAACCAUCUCAGCAACCAGCAACACCACAGCAGGUGCAUCCACAACCUGCAACACCACAGCAAGUUCAACAGCAGCAGGUCAACCAGCCACCAACAGUACAGCAACAUCAGCAGCAUCAACACCAGCAACCAGCAUCAGUAGCAAAUGCUGCCAUUAGCAUAACACCUCAGAAUGCUGCUGCAAUUUUCUCUGGCAGCGCCUCAAUGAUGACGGUGUCGAAUCCAAUGGUGGCAAACUCAAUGAUGACAGUGUCAAAUCCAAUGGUGGCAAAUGCCAUGACAGCUAAUGCCUUGGCUGGAAAUGCCAUGGCAGGUGCAACUCUUCAGGGUGGUAUACCAUCUCAAGCCAUGACUGUUAAUGCUGCUAACCUGCGAAGUGCAACAAUACCACAGGUGCAGGUCAUUCCACAGAUGCAGAGUACACCAUACAUGCAGUAUCCCUUCAACCAACAACAAAUCAUGCUGCAGAAUGCUGCUAUGCAAGGGAUGUCCCUGCAAGCAAUGCAGGCCAAUGCUAUGAACAUGAACAUAAACCCACAGAUAAACAUGGCCAAUAUGAACAUGGCUGCUAUGGCCAUGCAGCAGCAGAGAAUGGGGGCGGGGCUAAUGUCACCAGGCCCAACAACACCUACACAGAAUCCAGGUAUCACUUUCACGCCAUUACAAGCCCAGGUAUCAGCUGCAGCAACCUCCACUGCCAACAAUGGGAAGGCUCUGACUGUUAGUAAGGGACAAACAACCCCUAGCACACCCACACAACAGGCCCAAGCCACCACACUUAUAGGAGGCAAACCAAUCAUGCCAACUCAAACAAACAUUGCUGCACAGCCACUUGUUCUGAGUGUUUUACCUAAUCAACUGACAAGUACCACAGGGUUUGUUGGAUCAAAAGGACAGUCAAUAGCUUUGAACCAAGGUGCCCCAGCACAGCUGAUAAGUACACAAGCACCAAUACGAUUCAGUCAGCCUCAACUUGUGUCUAGUUCAGGUCAAAUAAACAUACAGUCACAGCCCAUCAUGACAAAUCAGUCCAUUCUUCAAGCCAUGGCUACUCAGCUUCAGCAAGGAGCAAUCCCAUUGGGUCAUCAGCAGUUACAAUUAUCAGCAUCUGGCCAAUCACCAACCAUCUUACCUGGACAACCAGUUUAUUUAAGGACAACACAGAUUCAGGGACAACAAGGUGUACUGGCAGCCCAGGGGGUACAGAUUGUUGGGACUUCAGUAAAAAACUCCUCGCAAAAUAAUGUUGCAGGGGUCCAGAUAGGCAAACAGACCAACCAGGGUCAGUCUGUUUACCCAAUCAAAGCUGUCACUGCAAGGGUUAACCCCACAACUGUCAGCAAGCCAAAAACUGCAGCAGUUCCUGGUGCUCCUAAAAACCCGAAAGGUCGACCCAGGACAGCCAAUAGAAUUGUUGGAGCCAUGACAGCAUCAGCAGGUACCAACACGGUGGCUUCAGCACUGUCUUUGUCUAAGGCAGCCAGUCAGUCAAAACCUUCUACCCCUACACCAAAUUCAUUGACUGUUCCAAAUCAAAGUCAAAGCAAAUCAGAUAGUGAGAUGGAAUCUACCAAGAAAAGUGCUGCAGGGGAAAAGCCCGAGAAGACAGGGUCUGGUAAAGCAAUCAAGCAAGAAAAGGCAUCUGGUAACGUAUCAGUUAAAUCAUCAGCUCCUGAGAAGAUGGAUACCUCUGAGUUGAAGACAGAGGGAGUGAAGAAGGAGAACCCAUCAGUGGUAGAGAAACAGAAGGCCAUAGUAAAACCACACAUCCUGACUCAUGUCAUCGAGGGAUUUGUCAUACAGGAGGGGCCAGAACCAUUCCCUGUUCAGAGGUCAUCACUGCUGACAGAAUUUAUCCCACCAAAGGCCAGUCAGAGUCUGGACAGAAUGGAGGAAGAAUCAGAAAGUGCUGGACCCUCAGAGGUGGUGCCAAAGAAAGAAGUUCCAGAGCCAGAAUUUUUCUCUAAAUGUGAAUUUUGUGGUACUGAGGAGCAGGCUUCUAGAUUCAAGAGAUCAAAGAGAUUCUGCACCAUGGCAUGUGCCAAGCGGUACAACAGAGCCCAUAGGACAUCUGUGUUCAAAACCAGAGGAAAACAUGUGGGCAUUGGAAGAGGAAUGAUCAUGAAGAAAGGCUCUCCUCUGAUUCUGAAGAAAGGACUCAAAGGACCAGGAAGAGGGGGAAAAUUGCCUUAUGGUGAAAACAGGGAAUUCCCUGAGGGAGAGCGAGAUGACACAGAGCCUAUGGAGGAAGGAGAAGCACACAGUACAUCUAACACCUCUACAUCUAAUGAGAGCUCUUCAGCUCCAGACUCCCCCGUGACUCCCGAGGAGCAGCCCGAUAAUUCCAUGGAAUCUGACACACCCACCACAAACCCAGGAAAAUGGACUGUCACUGAGGUGUAUGAAUUCAUCAAGUCUAUGCCCGGCUGUACUCCAUAUGCUGAUGAAUUUAAGUCACAGGAGAUUGAUGGCCAGGCAUUGAUGCUUCUUAAGGAGGAUCACCUAAUGACCACUAUGAAUAUGAAGCUGGGGCCUGCCCUCAAAAUCUGUGCAAAAAUUAAUUCUUUCAAGGGGGAUCUAAGUUAAAAGAGCUACAGUGGUAGCAAAAGAUUGAAGCAGUAUUGACAGAAGUUGAAGAGUAGAAUUUUUAAAUCUAUGAGUUGUUUUCCAAACUGAUGUUUUUACUCAUGACACCAGAACAGAGACUUUUUUGUACAAACUGAUAAUUAGUGGAGAUGUUUGCAUCUCUUUGUUAAUACUUGUAUAUUUUAUUGGAAAUUACUUUUAACCUUCUUUGACAGAUGUGUUGUGAUGUACAUGGAAAAGGCAUGUACUGCAUUAAUUAUAUUAGGCCUUAAUAUAAUUACAGUAAUUUUUACAUUUUAUUGCACAUUUACAUGCAAUCAGAUUACAAAGAUUACAGUACAUAUAUUCACACACAGCUAUGUAAACAGCCAGGAGUUUUUUUUAAGAUAUGAUCUCAGCCAAACAUAUCCCAAAUCAAAAAGGGCAAGGAUUCCAAGAAAUUUGGAGAGAAAAAAAUGUAUAGGUGGUGUUCAUAUAAAAAUUGACCAGUGCAAGUUAUUUCAAGUAUGUUUGUGCACACAAGAAUACAGUAUUUAACCUUAAAGGAUAUUCUCAGAGUUUGUGAUGUGGAGAUUUCAAUUAUUAAAAAAAAUGAUUGCAUUUACCACUAGUUUCUACAUAAACCAUUUAUGAAUCAUUUAAGCGCAUUUUAAAAUUUUUAUUGUGCUUUUUAGAAUUCUAGGUCACAUUUAAAUAAUCAUAUUUAAUUUCACUUUGAAGAUUUGCUUGGAUGUUUUAAGAAUUUUUAGAAACUUUGUUGUUGAUGUGUUUUGAAUAUUGUGUUUUUCGACUUUUUUGGAUAAUUAAGUGUGAAAGAAUAUGGUUUUGACUGCACAGUUUUGAAAUUAAACAAGUCCAUAACAUGAUGCCAUAUAUGAAGUAUUUCUUGAGUACAUGUAUGUCAAACACUUUUCAGUAUCAUUAACCU